AUGACGGCUUCACGUGUGAAGAAUGCCAAGGUUUUUGGUGUGAUGAGUGCAAGAAUGUCGGACCAGACAAAACCCAAGUCCCAUGUAAGCUGUGCCCAGACUUUAGCAAAAGUCACUGCCAUCAGUGUUUCGACGAAGGAAGAACUGAAUAUUGCGAGUGCAAGAGUACCGACAGCUGGCACAGCUGUUGUGGACGUCACGCUUUCGACUGUGAGAAAUGCGGUGCUUGCUUGUGCGACGGCUGUUGUGGUUACCACGAGUGCGGGGAUGAGGAUGACUGAGGACGCAGCCUGCAGAAGCUUGUGGUCGCCAGCGUUGUGGCACAGCUGCUGGUUUCACCUCUUGGGUCGUCAGUUGUGUUUAUUUAGAAGAGCUGGUCAUCAUGUGACCUGUCCCUCGCUGAAAAGGCAAAGCCUUUUCGUGUUGCUUGAGUGUGCAGGCAUCCUUUCCCUUGUGGCUGCCGGGCCUUUCCGAGUCAAUUCAGAGUUAGUACUGUCACCAGCUCGUUUACAUUAUCAUGCAACAAGUUCCUGUUUGGUGUGA